AUGAGCUCGAGUGGGUACCGUAGCUCGCCGCACAGCGACACGCGGAAGCGCCAGUCGAAGCGCGAUGAGGCAAUCCGUAGGCGUAUCGAGGGCGAGCUCAGCCGCAAAACCGGCAAGCCGUCCACCCCGCAGCAGCAGCGCCGCCGCCCGCCGACCGCCGGCACGGUGUCGGCGCUGCGUCCGCUGCCUGCACUCACUGUGCCGCAGUCGAUGAGCAUUACUGAUGCGAGUCAGCUGUGUGCGGCGAAGCGCACCGACUGUGUGCUGGUCGUCGACGACGAAGAGCACCUGGCAGGCAUCUUUACGGCCAAGGACCUCGCCUACCGCAUCGUCGCCGACGGGCUCGACCCCCGCAUGACGCCGGUCAGUGCAAUCAUGACCACCUCGCCGAUGGUCACGCGCGACACGACCAACGCCACCGAGGCGCUCAACACGAUGGUUAUGCGCGGCUUCCGCCACUUGCCGGUGUGCAACGAAGACGGCGACGUGGUCGGUCUGCUGGACAUUGCCAAGGUGUUCUACGAAGCUUUGGAGAAGCUCGAGCGUGCGCACGGCUCCUCGCAGAAGCUUUACAACGCGCUCGAGGGCGUGCAGAGCGAGUGGGGCGGCGGUGCCGUCGGGCCCCAGCAGGCGAUGAUGCAGUACGUCGAGACGCUGCGCCAGCGCAUGAGCAUGCCGGACCUGUCGACGAUCCUCGACUCGCGCACGCUCCCUGUGACGGUCGGCGUGCGCACGAGCGUCCGUGAUGCGGCGCGCCUCAUGAAGGAGCACCGCACUACGGCCGUCUGUGUGAUGGAGAACAGCGCGUCGAACCCGAUGGGCAACGCGACGAGCGGACAGGGCAUCGUGUCGGGCAAGAUCGCGGGUAUCUUUACCAGCAAGGACGUGGUCCUGCGUGUGAUUGCGGCCGGUCUCGACCCCAAGACGUGCAGCGUGGUCCGUGUGAUGACGCCGCAUCCCGACACGGGUGCACCGACGCUCAGCAUCCAGGAGGCGCUGCGCAAGAUGCACGACGGCCGCUACCUCAACCUGCCGGUGGUCGACGUCGAGACGCGCCUUGUGGGUGUGGUCGACGUCUUGAAGCUGACCUAUGCUACGCUCGAGCAGAUCAACAGCAUGAGCGACGAGGGCGGCGACGGCGCGGGCGGUCCCAUGUGGUCGCGUUUCUGGAACAGCUUUGGCCAGGGCACCGAGGACGGAAGUGCGGUAAGUGGCUCGCAGCGCCCCACCGAGUCGCAAAUGUCGCCGCAGGCGCUCGGCGUGGAUAUCUCCUCGGACGUGCACCCGAACGACAGUGCGAGCGCUGUGGGCGGCACGACGCAGGACGGCGGAUCGGCGGUCGAUGCCGCUGCGCUGCAGGAUGACGGCACCUACUUGUUCAAGUUUGUGACGCCCAGCGGCCGUGUGCACCGCUUCCAGGCGCGCUACGACAACUACGAUACGAUUCGCGAGAUUGUCUCGAUCAAGCUCGCCGGAGACCCGUUCUUUUUGGAUGCUUCAGCAGGUGCGUCUCAGGAGAGCGCGGAGCCUAUGCGCUCCGCGUUUGAUGAGGACGGUCGGUUGCCCAUGCAGAUAUUUACACCGCCGAUGCCUUCAGGUCCCCGUGUGAAUCCCCCGGAUAUCGAAGAUUACAACCUUGCGUACAAGGACGAUGAGGAUGACCUCGUCCUUAUCACCACCGACAGCGACGUGCAGGAUGCCGUUGCCGUUGCCAAGCACCAGAGCCGCGACCGCGUGCUGCUUGUGCUGCAGGGCGGCAAGUCGUGGGACGAGGCGGCAGGACGCGACGGCGGCUACAACGAGUACACCAGCGCCGCGUCCCUCGCCUCGGCCAACCGGCGGAAGCAGAAAGAGACCGCAGACGAGCAGCUGCGCAACGUGCAGGCCGACGAAAAAGCCGAGCGCAAGGCGCCGGCCGCAGCCGGCGGCAACGACAUGAUCCUUGGCUUCCUGCCCAAGGACCUUGCCCUGCCCGCUGCGAUCGGCUUCCUGGGCGUCGCUGUGCUUGGUGCAGUUGCUCUGACGAGGGUCAGUGCACGUUAG